AUGCGUGUAUAUACGGCGCUGUCAUUGCUUUCGCUGGCCGUGCCAGGCUGGACCAGGUCCUUCAAUGUACCACCAGGGGCUGGGAAACGACAACUUCCCAAGGACCCUACUGGCGUGAAGACCAUCACAACUCCCAACAAUGUCACCAUUCGGUACAAGGAGCCCGGCAGCGAGGGUGUCUGUGAGACUACUCCUGGAGUCAAGUCAUACUCCGGAUACGUGGAUCUGUCGCCUACAUCGCACACCUUCUUUUGGUUUUUCGAGGCCCGCCACGAUCCCGAAAAUGCCCCCAUUACUCUCUGGUUGAACGGUGGCCCGGGAAGUGAUUCCUUGAUUGGUCUUUUUGAAGAAUUGGGCCCUUGCCAUGUGAACUCCAGCUUCGAAUCCUACCUCAACCCGCACUCGUGGAACGAGGUCUCCAAUCUUCUGUUCCUGUCGCAGCCAUUGGGCGUCGGGUUUUCGUAUAGCGAUACUGUAAAUGGCUCCAUUAAUCCCGUGACCGGCGUGGUCGAAAAUGCAACUUUCGACGGCGUCAAGGGUCGCUAUCCCAAGAUCGAUGCUACUUUACUUGAUACUACCGAGCUGGCUGCGCAUGCCUCCUGGGAAGUACUCCAGGGAUUCCUUGGGGGUCUUCCGCAGUUAGAUUCCAGGAUCAAAUCCAAGGAUUUCAGCUUAUGGACGGAAAGCUAUGGAGGGCAUUAUGGGCCGGCUUUCUUCAACUACUUCCAUGAGCAAAACGAACGCAUCUCCAACGGCACGGUCGAUGGAAUUCAUCUUGAUUUCAACUCUCUCGGUAUAAUCAACGGUAUAAUCGAUGAGGCUAUUCAGGCCGGCUAUUACCCCGAGUUUGCUGUCAAUAACACCUACGGUAUCAAAGCCGUCAACGACACGGUCUACAACUACAUGAAAUUCGCCAAUACGAUGCCCAACGGAUGCCAAGAUCAGGUUGCUCUGUGCAAGCAGACGAACCGAACCUCGUUGGGCGAUUACGCCCUCUGCACCGAAGCCACCAACAUGUGUAGAGAUAAUGUCGGUAUGUUUGCAACCAACCUGUCCCUUCGAGCCCUCUUCCAAUGGCAAGCGACUAAUCCCGGGCACUUGACAGAGAGUCCCUACUACAAUAUCGGAAAGCGCGGUGUAUAUGACAUUCGACACCCAAUUGAUGACCCCACCCCACCCAGCUGGUACAACCAAUACCUGGAAAAAGACGCCGUGAUGAACGCCAUCGGCGUAAACAUCAACUACACGCAAUCGAACGACGACGUAUACUACGCAUUCCAACAGACAGGCGACCACGUCUGGCCGAACUUCAUCGAGGACCUGGAAGAGAUCUUGCAGCUGCCGGUCCGCGUGUCACUCAUCUACGGCGACGCCGAUUACAUCUGUAACUGGUUCGGCGGCGAGGCCGUCUCCCUGGCCGUGAACUACACGCACACCCGCCAGUUCCGGGCCGCGGGCUACACCCCCCUAACGGUGGAUGGCGUGGAGUAUGGCGAGACUCGCGAGUUCGGCAAUUUCUCCUUCACGAGGGUGUAUCAGGCCGGUCAUGAGGUGCCGUACUAUCAGCCCACCGCUUCCCUGCAGCUGUUCAAUCGGACUUUGUUCGGUUGGGAUAUUGCCGAGGGUACUACCCAGAUUUGGCCCGGGUAUAGCUCCAAUGGAACCGCGAGGACGACUCAUACUGAGUCCUAUGUGCCGCUGCCCUCGGCUACUCCCAGCCCUAGCGCUCACUGA